AACUCAAAAUUUUUAAUUCUUAAUCAAAUUUUGAUGAUCGACUAAAUUUAUAGAUGAACCGAAUAUUCUGCCGGCCGAAUACCGCUCAAAAACCGAUAAGCCGAAUAUUUGGCUUACCGAAAAGUUCAUCUAAGUAUUCAGCCAAAUAAGCCAAAUAUAUUUUUUUUUAUUUUAGAUAAUUGCCUGGGAUGCCCAAAUAUUUUUCAAAACUUUCCGAAUUUCACCCGGGUUUAGUCAGAUGAUUUGCUAAACCAAAUGAAAAACUCAAAUUCCUCUUUUAAAUUUUAAAAAAAAUUUGUGUUCACAAAACAUUUUUUAGAACUAAUUUAAAAAUGAACAUUAAUUUUUAUUUUAUCUAUUUUUACAAUUUUUUCAAAAAUCGCCCAGAGCUGCCAGCCAUGUGCAUACGUGUUGUAAAAAAUAUUGUAUGCUGAAGGUUAAAGAUCUUCUAUUUUGAAGGCAUCUUGCUUAAACUUGAUAUUCAUUUAAAGGGUGAUACGGUCAAAAUUUGGUCAGUAUCAAUUUGACGUAUUUCUUUCAAUUUUGCAUUUAAGAAAAUUUAACACCCCUCAUUUUGAAGGUGUGUGUGUGUGUAGAAUGUUGCUCCUAUUUUGAUUGUGGAAUUCACUCUUCAGUUGUCAAAAUGCCGUCCAAGGGAGAAGAGCAUCGUAUCAAAAUUAUGCUCGCGCAUCGCGAAAAUCCGAGCUACUCGCACGCAAAGCUGGCAAAACAGCUAAAGGUGGCCAAAUCAACCGUUGCAAAUGUAAUUAAAGUGUUUGGGGAAUGUUUGUCGACAGCCAGGGAGUCUGGAUCGGGGGGAAAUCGAAAACCGGAAGUCGCUGAGACGACAAAAAGAGUUGCCGGUAGUUUCAAGCGAAACCCUAACCUUUCUCUCCGAGAUGCCGCAAAUAAGCUGAGUGUAUCGUCUACAAGCGCGCAUCGAGCCAAAAAACGAGCCGGACUAUCGACUAACAAGAAGGUAGUGACUCCAAAUCGCGAUGAUAAACAAAAUACGACGGCCAAAGCGCGAUCCCGGAGGCUGUACACGACGGUGCUGACGAAAUUUGACUGCGUGGUAAUGGACGAAGAAACCUACGUCAAAGCCGACUACAAGCAGCUUCCGGGACAGGAGUUUUAUACGGCAAAAGGAAGGGGAAAGGUAGCAGAUAUUUUCAAGCACAUGAAACUGUCAAAGUUCGCGAAGAAAUAUCUGGUUUGGCAAGCCAUCUGUACCUGUGGCUUGAAAAGCAGCAUUUUCAUAGCUUCCGGGACUGUCAACCAAGAAAUUUACGUGAAAGAGUGUUUGAAUAAACGUCUGCUGCCUUUCCUGAAGAAACACUGUUGUUCCGUACUGUUUUGGCGGGAUUUGGCAUCUUGCCAUUACGGUAAAAAGGCCAUGGAGUGGUACGCCGCCAACAACGUGCAGGUGGUUCCCAAGCACAUGAACCCUCCCAACACGCCAGAGCUCCACCCAAUUGAGAAAUACCGGGCUAUUGUCGAGCGGAACCUAAAGAAGACCAAAAAAACUGCUAAGAACGAGCAGUAGUUCAAGGCAAACUGGCUUUCUGCGGCGAAGAAGGUGGACAAGGUGGCUGUACAAAAUCUGAUGGCAGGGGUUAAGCGUAAAGCGGACUACACAACAUUUGUACAAAUGCGAUGAAAUUGGAUGAAAUUUUGUCGCUGUAAACACGAUUUGCGUAGUGUAUGGCACUGCUUGAAUGAGCGCCCAAACGGUUGGAGUAAAAUUGGUCGGGAUCGAAAUAUUUUGUACAAACCAUCCUUCCAGCCGGGGUGGAGAUGGUUUUUUUUUGUUGCUGUUGCUGUUUUCGCCAGCAAUCGUUUGUGUUCGCGUGAAAAAUGUUUGUAUAGUGUGUGGGCGAGCAUAGAUCAAACAAUCGUCGUGGAAUCAUCGAAUUUGUACAGGCCAUUUGUGUUGUCUAUGGCCCGCUUGAGGUCUGGCAAUUCUGAUUUGGAAAAGCGGAAGCCUAACUGAAUAUUUUUCCUGAAUUUUAUACUUAUUAAACUUGAAAAAGAAAUUUAAUUUGUUUUUUUUAAAUAAACGAUUUCACCGAUUAACACGCGUUUGCCCUUGACCAAAUUUUGACCGUAUCACCCUUUAAUUCGAUAUCUAUAAGCAAUUAAGAAUAACUUGGCAUCUGUUUCGAUAAGAUUUGUUCUAGAUUUCACUGGAACCCAAUCUCUUUGGUGAUUAACGCCCUAGAAGCGAAAAGUCAUCUGAUGUCCUUUCAGCUAUUUGUGACAUUUCUUAAAUCAAAGUUACCCCUUUUUGAAGAAGAUCUGACGGAUUAUACAUCUGGUUGAAAAUAAUCGACUCGAAAACCGGAGGGGCAUUAAGGUUGAAGAAAUAGAAGAAAUGGAAGAGCUGAAGCUAUCGCUUUUGUAAUUUUAUUGAAAAAUCAACAGAAUCUCCAACCGAAUAUUCGUUUGGCCGAAUAGUUGAAAAGUACCCAUGAUGAACCACCACACGAUGCCGAAGGUUGGCUUUGGCCCGUACAAAUCGUCCGCCAGCGGUGUCGGAAGCUUCUUCCUGCCCAAAAUCCUGACCAAUCCGACGGAUCGGUACUGUGCCGGUAGCAGUGGCUAUGCACUCAGCAGAGACCUCCCCUCUAAGGUAGCCCUCGAAUUGACCCACGGUAACAACAAACAAAUCAUCACACUGCCAUCCGAAAAGCUCGACAACCAUAAGCGAUACUAUGUCACCUUUACCCUGAAGCCACCUCCAGUCAGCUCCGAAGGGGGAUUGCUGGGCGAUGGCAACCCUAACACUAAUGAAAAUGUUGAUAGCAAUAUUAAUUAUAGUCAUAAUUCUAGUCGUAGUUUAAGAUUGAGCCCGAACGAAACUGAUCAACGUAAUUUGUUGUUAUCUUCUCCCACAGCCACAGGGAAGUCCGCGGAAAGUCAGCUUCAGCAACAGUCCAAGUCCCAAUCAGCAGCAGCAGGAAAUGCUCUACAGCAACAACAACAGCAGCAGCAGCAGGAAACCCAUCCAAGGUCAUGUAGCGAUGCCCAGCAUCCGGAACAGCAACGGAAUCAAUGGCAACAUAAUCAGCAACAACAACAACACCCACAGCAACCAUGUUCCUCUUCCGGCCUUUCAGCCGUUGUAGAAGAAGAUUCGAAUCUGGAAUCGAGCAGCACUGGACCAUGCUCCACGUAGCGUGACCAGUGCGUGCCAAAAUGUUUUAAACUGCUUUGAAAAUUGGUCGUGUUAUUUUUGUUUUUCAGUUUUAUGGCAUUUGAAAAACGAAACAUGGUUGUUGUAGUUAGGCUGAAAUGUUCCAUUUGAUUUUUUCCUAAAUUUUUAAAACAGCAAAACAACGAUUCACUGCCAGAAAAUUGGUUCAUUUUUUGCCCAAGUAGUGUUAUUUCAUAAUGAAGUAAAGAAAAAAAUAGCGACGCUAAAGCAGACGGUUUUAUUAAUCGAGCGAGACCCUUUCUUGGGAUCGAAAUUGAAAUUGUAUAAACAAAUCUUUAACGAUGGAAACGCUAAAGUUCUAAAGAAUGAUGGUAGUUUUAUUGCUCCCCAUGCAGUCUGGGAAAGUCGUUCGUCCUCCGGACGAUAGCGACUCUUGGAGCGAAGAAUAUCCUGAGCAACAGGUCUAGUGGCUUUACUUUGUCUUCAUACAAACAUUGUUGGAAAAAAGUUUUCUUAUAUAUGUAAAUAGGAAGGAAAUAAACAGAUAUACAGUAACGUUUCGGCUAUAUCUUUUUUCGCUUUAAUCGAUGGGUU